GCAUAGAUUAUUGGGAGAGGAUGAAAUUCAAGCUUAUUUUAAAAUACUCCAACAUAUGUUCGUCGUUAUUCGCUACGUCUCGUCAAUUACUCGCAAACAUUACGCUCAAUCUUAAACUUAAGUAUUAAAAACAAACGUUAUCAUCGAUUAUAUUGACCGUGAGUUUCAUUUGACCGUGUGAUUCAUUUUUAGAGAGUACACAUCGAAAGUAUGUACAUAUAUAUAUAUAUAUAUAUCAACGUCAAGGUGACGUGUCUCGAGCGAAAAGUAGAGAGUAGGCACACGAGCAGAGGCCCUUGGUCCCUUGACUAAGGAGGGCGAAGAGAGAGGGUGAAGAAGAAUGGGGAGGAAGCCGUUAUUCGGAGCCGCGGCAGAGAGUCCGGUGUAUUCGAGAUAGCCGGGGAUAGCGUGCCUACCGGACUGGUCCGGAAGUCGCGUGUCGACGGCAACCCCUCUCCGCGGCUCUUGCCCUACCUUCGUCUUCGUUACUACCACCUACACACACCUGCAAUUUCCUUGCCUUACCUCACCUACCCUGCCAACGACUACGACGACCAGCACGGCCUACCGCGAAAUUGCUUUGUGUGAGUCGAAGGUAAUCCGUGCAAGUCAAACGGUAAGAGGGUGUUGGUGCAACGUUACCCUAACGAACCAUGAGAACGAGUCGACGAUUGGUCGAUCCUGCCGCGAGCGAGCGAACCCUCUCUUCAUUCUCUCUCGGUUACGUACCGUCCUCAGAAUCGUCAGGAUAACCGUGCCGUUAACAACACUCUUGCUACACCGUUAUAAUAAGUUAUCGCUUGAUUUCUAAUCAAGACCGAGCAUAGAUUGAGAUUGAGAAUAACGAGACGAUCGAUCGAAUCUCUCACUGAAGCGUGUUUGCAUCUCUCGGUUGAACCGAAAUGAGGCUCGAGUGAUACGUGAUACUUGUCAUUCGCUAGCUUACGCAUUCGACACUUGCCUGGUGUCGUGCUCUACGACGAAGCGGAGCUGCCUUUCAAUCGUUUUUCAAUCGGCAAAAUUCUCCUUGAAGUCGCGUCACGUGACAAGCGUUCCAUUGUCUUACAUCCGGCGGUGCGCGUACGCACCAGAGAGCAAGAGGUGUACCGGCCACCUGGUGACUCGGUGGCGAUCUUUCGGUGGCGCAAUCGUCGCAAGCUUGAACGUGCAAUCUUGAACGAGAGUGAGUUGCUCGAGCGAACCAUGCUCGCGCUAUACGCAGUGGAAUCGUACGGCGUAACAUGAGUAGCAACAGCAAGAAACCGCCAGGAGGCAAGGACGACAAGAAGAGCCCCUCGAGCAAAGAGGAGAGUCCGUCGGGCGGAAAGGACGAUGGCGGUUCGGCCUCAACGGGAAGCAAUGGCGGCGCGAUCGGAGGGGAACCAUCGCAGCCGGGAAGUAAGCCCGGCUCCGCCGGUGCGACCGCCAGAGAAGGGGCCCAGAGACUUCUGGGCCUGGCUGCGCGCGGAGAAUGGGCACCCGUGGACCAGCUGCUCAAGUCUCUGGAGAAGACGGUGCAGAGCGCGGGGGAGGAUGGCUUCAUCGCGCCGCUGGCCGGCGUUCUGGAUCCGAUGACGGGGAUGACGCCGCUGAUGUACGCGGUGAAGGACAACCGCAGCGCGCUGCUCGAUCGCAUGAUCGAGCUUGGGGCCGACGUUACCGCCAGGAACAACGACAAUUACAAUGCACUCCACGUCGCCGCCAUGUACUCGAGGGAGGACGUUGUCAAGUUGCUAUUGUCCAAGAGAGGUGUCGAUCCAUACGCCACGGGCGGGCCAAGACAGCAGACGGCAGUGCAUUUGGUAGCAUCGAGACAAACGGGUACCGCCACAUCAAUUCUACGUGCUCUAUUGGCCGCCGCUGGACGAGAUAUCAGGCUGAAGGUCGAUGGCAAAGGGAAGAUACCUCUUUUGCUAGCGGUGGAGGCUGGCAAUCAAUCGAUGUGCCGGGAACUUUUGGCGCAGCAAGCGCCUGAUCAGCUUCGGGCCACCACACCGGCGGGUGAUUCCGCUCUGCAUUUGGCCGCGAGAAGACGAGACAUCGACAUGGUGCGGAUCCUAGUGGAUUACGGCACGUCCGUCGACAUGCAAAAUGGCGAUGGGCAGACCGCGUUGCACAUAGCGAGCGCCGAAGGUGAUGAGACUCUGGUGAAGUACUUCUACGGUGUCCGCGCGUCCGCCUCGAUCACCGAUCAUCAAGAUCGGACACCUAUGCACCUGGCCGCUGAGAAUGGUCACGCGUCCAUAAUCGAGCUACUGGCCGAUAAGUUCAAGGCGAGCAUUUUUGAGAGAACGAAAGACGGCUCCACUCUGAUGCACAUAGCGUCGCUCAACGGCCACUCGGAAUGCGCCACUAUGCUCUUCAAGAAGGGCGUGUAUCUGCACAUGCCGAACAAACGCGGCGCCAGGUCUAUUCAUACGGCCGCCAGGUAUGGCCACGUGGGUAUCAUUAGCACCUUGUUGCAACGAGGCGAGAAGGUAGACGCGGUGACCAACGACAACUACACGGCACUCCACAUAGCCGUGGAAAGCGCCAAACCGGCCGUCGUGGAGACACUCUUGGGGUACGGCGCGGAGGUACACGUGAGGGGUGGGAAACUUCGGGAAACUCCGCUCCAUAUAGCCGCCAGGGUGGCCGACGGUGACAGAUGCGCCUUGAUGUUACUGAAAUCUGGAGCGAGUCCGAACUUGACGACCGACGACGGCCAGACGCCUGUUCAUGUGGCGGCCAGUUAUGGGAACCUGGCGACUCUCCUCCUGCUCCUUGACGACGGCGGAGAUCCGAUGGCCAAGUCGAAAAACGGGGAGACGCCGUUGCAUCUGGCCUGCAGAGGUUGCAGAGCGGACGUGGUCCGACACUUGAUCGAAUUCGUGAAGGAGAAGAAGGGCGCGGAAGUGGCGACUCUGUACGUGAACAGCCUGACCAACGAAGGAGCCAGUGCUCUCCACUACGCCGCCCAAAUCGAACCGACGGAAGUCAGCACCCCCGGCGACGACCGCGCGGUUAUUCGCGCGCUCCUCGACAGCGGUGCGGACGUCUCGCUGCAGACUAGACAGGCCCAGGAAUCGGCGUUUCAUCAUUGCGCCCUCGCGGGCAACAACGAAAUCUUGCAAGAGAUGAUCAGUCGCAUGUCGGCGACGGAAGUGCAGAAGGCCCUGAACAAGCAGAGUGCCGUGGGUUGGACGCCGUUGUUGAUCGCGGCUCAUCGAGGGCACAUGGAACUGGUGAGCACUCUGUUGGCGAAUCACGGCCGGGUGGACGUGUUUGAUCUCGAGGGUAGAUCGGCUCUUCACCUGGCCGCCGAGCACGGCUACCUUCAGGUGUGCGACGCGCUCUUGGCGAACAAAGCCUUCAUAAACUCCAAGUCGCGCGUAGGCAGAACCGCCCUGCAUCUCGCUGCCAUGAACGGUUAUACGCACCUGGUGAGAUUCCUCGUGCAAGACCACGGCGCCGCGAUAGACGUGCUCACUUUGAGAAAACAGACGCCUCUUCACUUGGCGGCGGGAGCCGGUCAGCUGGAGGUCUGCAAACUCCUGCUGGAACUCGGCGCCAGCAUCGACGCCACUGACGACCAGGGGCAAAAGCCAAUCCACGCCGCGGCAAUGAACAAUUACGCCGAGGUGGCACAGCUGUUCCUGCAGCGGCACGCCAGCCUAGUGAUGGCCUGCACCAAGGACGGCAACACCUGCGCCCACAUCGCCGCCAUGCAGGGCAGCGUACGCGUGAUUGAGGAGCUGAUGAAGUUCGACCGACAGGGCGUGAUAUCCGCGAGAAACAAGCUGACGGAGGCCACCCCGCUGCAGUUGGCCGCUGAGGGCGGCCACGCUGAGGUGGUGAAGGCUCUGGUGCGGGCCGGGGCGUCCUGCGCUGACGAGAAUCGCGCGGGCUUCACCGCGGUUCAUCUGGCGGCUCAGCACGGCCACGGCCAGGUGCUGGAAGUGAUGAGGUCGUCGCAGUCCCUCAGGAUCUCCAGCAAGAAACUCGGUGUCACCGCGUUGCACGUGGCCGCUUACUUCGGACAGGCCGACACGGUCAGAGAACUCUUGACUCACGUACCCGGGACAGUGAAGUCCGAUCCACCGACCGGGGGAGCUCUGGUAGCGGAAUUAGGAAGCGAAUCCGGGAUGACGCCUCUUCAUCUGGCCGCCUACUCCGGAAACGAGAACGUCGUACGACUGCUGUUGAACUCUGCCGGUGUACAGGCGGACGCUGCGACCACCGAAAACGGAUUCAAUCCUUUGCAUCUGGCCUGUUUCGGCGGCCACAUCACCGUGGUGGGUUUACUGUUGAGCAGAUCGGCAGAGUUGCUGCACAGCGCGGACCGUUACGGCAAGACCGGCCUGCACAUCGCAGCGACCCAUGGUCAUUAUCAGAUGGUGGAGGUACUCUUGGGCCAAGGGGCUGAGAUCAACGCGACCGACAAGAACGGCUGGACGCCGCUUCAUUGCGCGGCGCGUGCCGGUCAUUUGGACGUCGUGAAGCUGCUCGUAGAGAGCGGGGCAUCCCCGAAGAGCGAAACGAAUCUCGGCUGCGCGCCGAUCUGGUUCGCCGCUUCCGAGGGUCACAACGACGUGCUCAAGUAUCUCAUGGAGAAGGAGCACGACACGUACGCUCUGAUGGAUGACAGAAGGUUCGUCUACAAUAUGAUGGUGUGCAGCAAAAGUCACAACAACAAACCGAUAGAGGAGUUCGUCCUAGUGUCACCCGCGCCGGUCGACACUGCGGCCAAGCUCUCCAACAUCUACAUGAAACUCUCGGAGAAGGAGAAAGAACGCGCCAAGGAUUUGAUCGCGGCCGGGAAGCAAUGCGAGGCCAUGGCGACCGAAUUACUGGCGUUAGCGGCGGGCGCCGAUUCAGCCGGCAGGAUCUUGACGUCGAUGGACCGCAGGAACGUCGAGUUCCUGGACGUGUUGAUCGAGAACGAGCAGAAGGAGGUGAUCGCGCACACAGUGGUGCAGCGUUACCUCCAGGAGCUCUGGCAAGGCAGCCUGAACUGGAACGCGUUCAGGACGAUCCUGCUGUUCAUCGCCUUCCUCGUGUGCCCGCCCGUCUGGCUCGUGUUCGCCCUCCCGUUCGGCCACAAGUACAAUAACGUGCCCAUCAUCAAGUUCAUGUCGUAUCUCACGUCGCACAUCUACCUGAUGGUCUUCCUGCUGUUGGUCGGCAUCACGCCCAUCUAUCCGGUGGUGAGAGGCAGCUUGAUACCGUACUGGUACGAGUGGUGCCUGCUGGUGAUGCUGUCGGGGCUGUUGUUGUUCGAGCUGACGAAUCCCAGCGACAAGAGCGGCUUGGGCUGGAUCAAGCUGGCGGUGCUGCUCUUUGGCAUAUUCGGCGUGGCAUUCCACCUGAUGGGCUUCGUGUUCGUGCAGAGGCCGUAUUGGCCGACUCUGCUCUAUCUGAGGAACCAGCUUUUCGCUCUGAGCUUCCUUUUAGCAUGCGUACAAAUAUUGGACUUUCUGUCGUUUCAUCAUCUCUUCGGACCUUGGGCCAUCAUCAUCGGUAAUCUCAUGAAGGAUCUUGCGAGAUUCCUCGCGGUCUUGGCCAUCUUCGUCUUCGGCUUCUCCAUGCACUUUGUCGCGCUCAAUCAGGCGUUCAAGAAUCAAACGCCGAAGGAGGCGCACGACGACGACAGGAAGAAGAAGCCUCCUUUCUACGACGAUUUGUUGGCCAAUGUUACGGAAUGGAUGAUGGAGACGCCACCAACGGCGCCUCCUCGUCGCUACGGCCGCUACAAGAAAAAGAAUGACUGUUGUGACGAUAACAGAGAUAUAAAGAUGAAUCCGGUACUCGCCUUCGAAUAUCUGUUCUUCGCCGUCUUCGGCCAAACUACCCACGGCGAGCUAAAGGUCGAGGUCAAUCAGCCACAGUGGACCGCGGUCCUCUUCAAGUUGACCUUCGGCGUAUACAUGUUGGUCUCAGUAGUGGUGUUGAUUAAUCUGCUGAUCGCCAUGAUGAGCGACACUUAUCAACGGAUACAAGCGCAGUCGGACAUUGAGUGGAAAUACGGGCUCAGUAAACUGAUCCGUAACAUGCACAGAACCACUACAGCUCCGUCCCCGUUAAACUUGCUCACCACCUGGACCGUAUACUUCAUCAAGCUGUGCAAGCAGCGCGCCGCUAGACGCAAACGACCCUCGUUGGUGCACAUGAUGGGGCUGCAGCGCGCCGGUCGUUUGUCGCCCAGAUCGAAGAUGGGCGCCAAGUGGUUGGCUAAGGUUAAAAAGGGUCAAGUCCGUCCGAAGGACAGCGUGACCCUCUCCGUGGUACACCUCAGCCCAUUAGGCAGUCAAUUGUCCUUCAAUAGUGCGACCAGAAUAGAGAAUGUAGUGGACUGGGACUCAAUCAGGAAGAAAUAUCUCGCCCUGACUGGGAACGAACCCGAAAAGGAUGAGGCGGAGAAGGAGGAGAAGGGCGAUGAGGACGAGAACGAGGACGAGAACGGGCCGACGAACGCUACCAACGCUGCUUCGACGGCGCCACCAACGGUCCCGACACCGCCCAUGUAAAGAUAACGCCUCGUUCGUCCUUGUCCUCAUCGAGCGUUGGAGCAUAACGGAAAGGAAAAGAAGAUGUAUCAACAGCAGCAACAGUAUGGCA